GAUAUCUUCCGCUGGAAACUUCCAACACAAGUGACCAUCCUGUGAGGACAUCGCCUUUCUCCGUGCCUUUUAAUGAUAAUCACGGUUUUGUUCCAAACAUCCACCACACCAGGGCCGAUUGGUGGUGAUAUGAUCGGUCCCUGUCUGUCGCUAGUCCCCUCAACUUUCCAGGUAUGCCUCCACCUGCUCGUAGGUGUGAUUGGAGCUCAGGUCUAUUUUGAGCGUUUCACUUCCUGGUCGAAAGCUCACGUUGAACAAACGCUCAGUUGCUCACAUUGAGAAAUAUGCGCCGGUUAUCGCAAGUCGGGGGAUUCUACUCUAACAAGUGAGGAUUUUUAAUUCAGUGGGACAAUAUCUGACACUAUGGAUUACAUGAACUUACCCAAGAAUCCCUACAAACUGAUGGAGGGAUGGUUGCAUCACAAAGGCACACACGAUUCCAAGUGGGUCCAGUAUUGGUGCGUCAUCAAGGAAUUCACCUUUUACAUCUUCAAAGGCCAGGAUACAAGCAGAGAAAAUCAUAUCGGCGUGCUUCAGCUUGGCUCGGACACCAGGUUCAGGUCAGGGGAGAGUGAUGAGAAGAAGGGCUACAGGUUCGACCUGUACACCACUAAACGUCUCAACAAGUUUAGAACUACCAAGUUUAGUGAACGGGAGCUAUGGAAGGCGUAUAUUGUUGGACUGGCACAGGGUGAUGUUUCUGAUAGUCUUGACCUUCUACCGGGUCAGAUCCACAAGAUUCGGGACGACAUACAGCGCGUGAGGUGCAAGUCCCAGAAUCCCCCCCUUCCCAUCUCCUCCUCCCGGAUACCCCCGGACAGCAGCAGCGUUGGCACAGGCUUCUCCUCCCCAGACAACAGCAUAACCUCUAUCUUCCCCGACAACCAAUCAAACCUGUUGCUGGACAACGGAGGACCAAUGAUACGACACAGAUUCUGGAGGGACCCAGACAGCAGCGAAACACCAACAUGGUUCUUUGCGGGUAUCACACGAGAUAUUGCUGAGAAGAUCCUUACCAGUGGCUGCAACUAUGGCAACACUCUAAUGAGGGAGAGCAUUACAUUCCGAGACACAGGGAGUUAUGUCAUUACAAAGAAGAUGGAACAUGCCAGAGGGAAUCCAUACAACCACUUUGAAGUGAUCCGCAUCGCUGAAGGCUUCAAGAUCAAUGUGGAAAAUGCACACAAGUCGAUCCUGUGCCUGUCCGAGGUGAUGGACUACUUUGUGACCAUGUCAGGGGCAGCAGUGACCCGACCCCUCAUCACUAAUGACCUCAAGGCUCUGGGACUGGAGGCACCAGACUACCAGACUCGCAUUGAAAGCAAAAAGACUAAUCCUGACAGUGGGGAGGAAUAUCAAGCUGAAGAUUAUGAGGAGCCUGAUGUCAAGCCAGCAAGGAGCUUACAGUCAAGGAAAGGUGGACAUACGACUUGGAGCCCCCAAAAGUUCUUUCCAGAGAGCCGUGGUCCCGGGAGCAGUUAUGGAGGCAGAACAGUGUCAGGCUCUGCACCCCGCCCCCGGUCCAGCAUCGCCCAGGUUCAGCAAGGAGUGACAGCAGCAAAUGUGAUACAGAACUUGGAUUCGGCUAUCGACCACCAUGACCCAUACAGACAAGGUCACCAUCGUCGUGGCAGCAGUGAAAAAGAUGAAGUGGGCAAGCUUGGACCGGCCCCACCACCUCCCUGCCAUAGAGGCCGUCGACAGAGCCAGCCUGACAUGCAAGAUACCCUGGACUUCAGUAGAGAAGAUCCUGUUAAACCCUUACACCCUCGAUGGCAGAGUAGAACCAAGUCAGUUCCCAAUCUGGGAAUGCUAGUUGAUGUCAGCUAUCUGAACAAGCAAGUGCCAGUGCCCAAUGAGAGUCCCAACCUUGUGUCGCCCAGUCGGGCGCCAUACCAAGGCAACGCCCUUGUGUCGCCCACCCAGACACCACACCGGCCUCUGCCAAAGCCUCCUGAACAGGAGGACAUCAUGGAGGAAACACCAAUGUCUGGGUUACAACAACAGCUGCUUAAUGCCAAGUUAAGACCCAUUGGUGGACCUAACAAGAAGGAUGGAAAGAGUGUAUCAUUUGCUGACACACCCUCUGAUGGCGGUGUCAAUGAAUCUGGGGCUACUGACAAGGAAGGAAUCAAGGCACGUCUUGAACAGCUGUUCUCUGAUGGAGUAAAAUUACCAACUAGUCCAGUGAAGAGGAUGUCAGGUGUACCCGCACCAGCUGUGUCACAAGCCCCCGAGGAGGAGGAGUAUGAUGAGGUCCUCUAUGAACCUCUAGAUUAGUUGUAACUGAUGGUUGGACCUUCUCAAGGCACAGCGGCGGGGUGCUUGUAGUCUGCACGGACAGUUGCCCCAUUCAGUGUACUCAAACACCUGGUACACAGCCUCAAUACAAAUGGAUGGAUGCAGAUCAUCUCAUCAAUGAUCUCCUUGCAGAAACCUAUUUUAUCUGACUAUAUUGCAAACCCGUAUAUAGUUCUAGACACUUCUGCUGGAACACAAGUACAAUGUAUGCAAGCUAUAGCAUAUUAUCUCGUAUAACCUCCAUCUGAAAAAGGUCUGUGAUUAUAUCUUGAGUUUCCCCAGUGACAAAAGGCAGACCUAAGAAAACAAUGUGUGAUGCCAGCACAGGUGGUCCUGAGGUCUGUUAAGAAGAGGUCCUCCUUGAACUGGGAGUGUGAUGCACUGAUGAAAAAACAGGAAGUCCUCAAAGGGCUGGCCAAAAUAGGACAUUGCAUCAUUGACAGUUGAAUGGUUCAGCAAGAGUCCCUCAAAGUGAUCGUACAUAUUGUGUCAUGGUAUUUUCACACCUGUGACAUUGUGGUUAAACAUACAAAAUGAUGAGUUGAGCGCAAUUAUGUUGAAAUCCCUUAAAACCAACAUUUAGGUGAAAAAAUGGUUAAAAAAGAAGAACUUUUGUAAUCAACUAUGCAUUAGAGUGUGCUUUGUGUUUUCAAGAUGUAAAAGUGUAAAAAGUGAUAAUUGUUCACAAGCACCAGCUUGUCAUCAGAGCAGACUAAACUGAGGAUCAGGUAGCAACUGGUUGUGAUGAAAUGUUUUUUAAAAGAAUUAGUUUCUCCAUUCAACUACCCGAAGUUUUGGAAAAAGAUAUCUGUAAAGCAGGUUUGAGGAAAGCCUUUUCAUGAUGCCAUCACCACCACCCAGCGAGUGCCUGAAGGCGUGUAUUUCAGCCCAUCGAGAGAAUUUGCUCCAUGUAACCUACAUAUAAAGGCUUACAAUACCUUCAUGUAGUGUGUGUAUUACCUUUAACUGAGUAUACCCUGUACAAUCAGAGAUCAUAACAUAACUAUUUUAUGGUCUCUGGGACAAUGCAAACAAAUAUCUUCUGUAAUAUGCACCGCAACACGAUGAAUAAAGUAAAUCAUAGGUAGAUCCAAAAGGGGUCGGGUAUGUUACAGGCACUAACAUUAUCUGAGAGUGAACUUUGAUAUUUUGGACCCCUCCCUUUUAAGAAUGCUGGAUUUGCCCUUGUAAAUAUAUCAGUGGCCUGUCUACCUUCAUUCAGUUGACUUGGUUUCGUUGUGUAAACAUGUGUAGUUAGUGUUGUUACGUCCUGUUUUACUCUUGACUGUAGCUGGCUGUGUAACAUGCCGAUACACACAACUGAUAGGUAACGGGUCCUAUACACAAGGUAGCAGUGUGGUAUAAGCGUUCACUCAUCACAUCGAGUAACUGGGUACACUACAUGGGUACAGUGUGUGAAGACCAUUUGUGGCGUUCCCCGCCGUGAUAUUGCUACAAAUGGUGUAAAAACUCAGUCACUCAUAAUUACUUUAAACAGUGUUGUUUGUUUGAAGGAAGACCCACCAGACUAACCACACAUACAAAGCUAUCGUCUACAGAAGGGCUUUUAACAGUGAGAUUGAAACAUGACCUGUUUCCGGCAGAUGAAGAGUUGAUGUAUAUAAACUUGUUCUGGUGUACAUAGACUGGGUACUAGGUGUACCCUUGUAAAUACAGAAUUUUGUCUCAUAUUUGUUUUAAUCUUAUGGAAGCAUAUGUGGAAACACUGCAAUAAAUACAAUAUGAAAAUG